UUCCCUCACUGACCAUCACAGCCAGCCUUCACACCUGCUCGUUCUUCCCACUCCCACACUCCCGCACUUGUACCUAUACCUCCUCCUUACCCCUGUACCCCGCCACGCCACAUACGCCACUCACACCCACACUCGCAACAGCAAUGUCGAAGAUCAUCGUCGUAGGCGGCGGCUUGUCCGGGCUGAGCGCUGCACACACCAUCUACCAGCGUGGUGGCAAUGUCCUCCUCAUCGAGAAGAUGCCUUUCAACGGAGGUAACUCGACCAAGGCCACCAGUGGUAUCAAUGGAUCGGGCACUCUUGUGCAAGCCGAGCAAGGCAUUCCAGACAGUGCCAAGAUCUUCUUUGACGACACAAAGAAGUCCGCUGGAGACCUCGCACGAGAUGACCUGAUCAAGGUCCUCACCGGUCGCUCCGGAGAGGCCGUCAACUGGGUGCAGGACUCUUUCGGCCUGGAGCUCAACAAGAUCAGCCGACUGGGUGCUCACUCGCAGCCCCGAACCCACCGUGGUAAUGCUCAAUUCCCCGGUAUGCAGAUUACCUUCGCAGAGAUGGAGAAGCUCGAGGAGAUUGCAGAGGCCGACCCCGACCGUGUGCAGAUGGUGCGCAAGGCCAGGGUGACCAGCCUCAUCUACGAGGACGGCGAAGUCAAGGGUGUCGAGUACGAGUUCAAGGGCGAGAAGCACCGCGAGCACGGACCCGUCAUCCUCGCCACUGGUGGUUACGCAGCCGACUUCCACGAUGUCAACUCCCUUCUCAAGAAGCACAGGCCGGACCUGAUGCACCUUUCCACCACCAACGGAGACUGGUCGGUUGGUGAGGGACACAAGAUGACUGCCGCCAUUGGCGGUAAUCUCAUCGACAUGGAGAAGGUGCAGGUUCACCCCACUGGUCUGGUCGACCCCAAGGAGCCCGAUGCCAAGGUCAAGUUCCUGGCUGCCGAGGCCCUGCGAGGUUGCGGUGGUCUGCUGCUGGACAACGAGGGCAAGCGAUUCGUCGAUGAGUUGCAGAAGAGAGACUGGGUGUCGAACGCCAUGUUCAAGCACGACAAGUUCCCCGUGCGCCUCGUGCUGAACGGCAAGGCAUCUCAGGAAAUCGAGUGGCACUGCAAGCACUACACUUCUCGAGGUCUCAUGAAGAGAUUCGAGCACGGUCGUGACUUGGCCAAGGAGAUUGGGUGCGACGAGAGCACGCUCAAGGAGACCUUUGAGAAGUACACCAAGAUUGCCUCGGGUGACGAGAAGGAUCCCUUCGGCAAGAAGUACUUCAGCAACGGACCCUUCGUCAUGGACGACUACUUCUACGUCGCCCAGAUGCAGCCCGUGCUGCACUACACCAUGGGUGGUCUGGAGAUCAAUGACAAGGCCGAGGUUCUGGACACAAACCAGAAGGUCAUUCCAGGUCUCUUUGCAUGUGGUGAGAUCGCUGGAGGUGUUCACGGAGCCAACCGACUGGGAGGUUCUUCGCUUCUCGGCUGUGUCGUCUUCGGACGAGUUGCCGGUGACACCUCAUCCGCAUACCUCCUGCGCAACGUCUCAAGCGGCAAGAUCGCCACUGGACGUGCCGGUCAGGUAGCUCAACAUUUGCAGACGACGGUGUCUGUUCACCCCGAGAGCAAGAAUGUUCAGCUUACCUUCAGCUGGGCAGGAGGUGCCGAGGGCCAACAGGCCGUCUCGGGCCAACCAAGCGCGGCCGAAUCUACUCCCCCUACUCAGACCAGCACUGCUGGUCCCACUUCUCACCAGGCCAACAGCCAGAACAACAAGAAGGACAUUGAGCAGAAGCAACAGGAGAGGGAGAUUUCCAUGGACGAAGUCGCUAAGCACGACAAGGAGGGUGACGCCUGGGUCGUCGUGGAGGACAUGGUCCUGAAGGUGGACGACUUCCUCCCUGACCACCCUGGAGGACCCAAGGCCAUCUUGAUGUUCGCUGGAAAGGACGCCACGGAGGGCUUCCUCCAGUUCCACGAGACGAGCGUCAUCAAGAAGUACGCUAGCGACACUGUCAUUGGAAAGCUGAAGCAGUAAGCUGGCUUCUGGAAAACUUCCGCGGAUGAGAUUGAGAGCUUCGGGUGUCCUCAUGUAUGGAUAGGAUUCGUUACGACUGUGUGCCAGAAAGCGUGGCUUUCUCUUUCAAUGUUAUGACAAAUGCGUCCUUCCAAUUCAUAUUGUGCACAAUUC